UUAUUUAAUUAUUUAUCAUUUUAUAGAGAAAGGGGAAGGAGGGUUGCAAUUGCAUGGUAAACUAUAAAUAGAAGAAGCAUCAAAAGACAUGAAUGUUUCAGAGAGAGUAGUUCAUCAUGGGAAAGAACACCGUUGUUGAUGACGUUCAGAACAAACAAGUUAUAUUCAAGGACUAUGUUAAUGGCAACCUACAAGAAGAUGAUUUAUACAUAAGUACAAGUAAGAUAAAGCUUCAGGUUCCUCAAGGAUCAAAUGCUGUUUUGGUGAAGAAUUUGUACCUUUCUUGUGAUCCAGUCAUGCAAUUCCUCAUGAGGAAAGAUGAAUUUCUUAUGUCUGGAUAUCACUAUUACGUCCCUGGCUCUCCUAUAAAUGGAUUUGGAGUGGCUAAAGUUUUGGAUUCAGGACAUCCUAACUUCAGUGAAGGUGACUUGGUAUGGGGGAUAACUAGUUGGGAAGAAUAUAGUCUAAUUCAAAAUCCAGACAAACUCUACAAAAUCCAUCACACUGAUGUGCCUCUUUCCUAUUACACUGGAAUUCUUAGCAUGCCUGGUAUUACUGCAUAUGCCGGAAUCUUUGAAGUUGGUUCUCUAAAGAAAGGAGAAAGUGUCUUCAUCUCGGCGGCAUCAGGUGCUGUCGGUCAGCUGGCCGGACAAUUUGCAAAAUUGUUGGGUUGUUAUGUUGUUGGAAGUGCUGGUAGUCAAGAGAAAGUUGAUCUUUUAAAGAACAAGCUUGGCUUUGAUGAUGCUUUUAAUUAUAAAGAAGAGCUUGACUUGGAUGCAGCCUUGAAAAGGUACUUCCCCGAAGGAAUCAACUUCUAUUUUGAGCAAGUAGGAGGUAAAAUGCUUGAUGCAGUACUCCUAAAUAUGAAACUCCAUGGUCGCAUUGCUAUAUGUGGAAUGAUUUCCCAGUACAAUCUUCCUCAUCCUGAACCUCUAAAGAAUUUGCUGCAUAUUGCAUUCAAGAGACUAACUAUAAAAGGAUUUACUCAUCGAGAUCACCAUCAUCUCUAUCCGAAGCUCUUAAAGACUGUGUUGCCUUACAUUAGAGAACACAAAGUGUUCUAUGUUGAAGACAUUGUUGAAGGACUUGAAAAAGGUCCAGCAGCUUUAGUUGGACUUUUCAGUGGUCGUAACUUCGGAAAACAAAUAGUCAAAGUUGCUGGCGAAUGACCGUUCAAAUUAUGUAACAUAUUCUGAUGUUCAUUCAUCCUCUGCAGCUUGCUAGUGUUUAGAAGUAUGCACAAUAAAUAAGGUUUGUAGAAUGGAGUUUCUAUGUUGUGUUGGACUUAUAAACCAGGUGUAUGGAUUGGAAUAACUUACAUCAUGCAUCUCUCUUUUGUGAUACAAUGCACUUGCAAACCAAGUAUGUUUAUAGCUAUUUUGAA